AUGGAUAAUGAGAUAUUCUUACACCGACUUGAGGUAAAGGAGUGGCUGAUUACCAAACAUGUUACUAUCGAGCCCUCAACGGUAAAUAAUCAAGGACAAAACGGUGCCGCUGAGCGCUCAGGGGGUGUCAUCAAGGAUAAGGCUAGGGCCAUGAGAAAUGGUGCAAAGUUACCUACGGAUUUAUGGAUUUGGAAUCCUUUGACAGGGAGGAUCGUGCGAGCAAGGGACGUUAUUUUUAACGAGGAUGAAGUCUUCAGUGGAGAUAUCCAAGAUAUCAAGGAUGAUCUCCUUCAUGUGUCUGUUGAAGAACUGACAAUCUUGCUGAACAAGAUAGAUAUCCGAGUACAGUCAGGUGAAGUCGAAGAUAAUGCUAACUUUGGAGAUGAGAUGGAGGAUUUGGUGUUUGACCGAAAUAGGCACAACGAUGAGCGUACGACAACAACAGGCUCGGUGACUGGUUCUGGAUUUGAAGAUUCAAGUCAGCUUGAUUCGGACUAUCCAAGCGGCCCAUCUCUGACGCCAGGAGAAGGAUUGUUAGAGGGGAUUGAUAAAUAUGCUUAUCCUACACCUCCAGAUACGCCUCCGAGCGCACUGUUGGCGGCUAGCAUAACUAUCGUCCAUGAAAAUGACCUCAACCUCCGUCAGAGCUCUGAGCACGCAGCUGGAACGUCAACUGGCGGGGUCAGGCCCAGAGGGUCGCUCGUUCAGGAAGCAACCACCAAGGAAGGUCCCAGAGGGGCUCUUGAUGGUGUAGGCACGGUCAGGUCCAGAGGAUCGCGUGCUGAGUUUGGGGACAGGCCCAGAGGGUCGCCCAAUCUGCGUGACUCCAUGGUAGGUCUCAGAGAGGCUCAUGGCAGGCAUAUCCUUGAGGACGGACCCAGAGGGUCGCUUGAGAAGAACGGGGUAGGCUUCAGAGAGGCUCCUGUUAAAACCGUCGCCGCUGCUUUGACUACGCAACGAGGAGAGCUCAAUCCUUGGAGGUUUGCUUUUCUAGCAGGCACACGACAUCGUCAGUAUGAGGUGAACACAGUCAAAUUUGAUCACGUGAGCCUCCAACGACGUCUAAGGUCAGGACGUCGACUUCAGUCAGUUCUAGUCCGCGACCUACCGCCUGCUCCCAAGAGUCACCGUGAAGUGGAAAAACAUCCUUUAGGUUGGUUAUUUGAGGAGGCUGAGAGAGAUCACCUUAAAAGUCACGAUCCAUCUGGCUCUUGGACAACGGUGCCUAUCGAAAGUCGUCUAGUCAAGUGCAAGGCACGACUCGUGGUAAGAGGUGAUCAAGAGAAAAGAGAUGAUACAAGGGACACGUAUGCUGCUACUCUUGCUGCGAGAUCUUUUAGGACAUUUAUGGCUAUUGCUGCGCGCUUCAAUCUGGAACUCAAGCAAUAUGACGCUGUCAAUGCCUUCGUUAAUGCCAUACUGGACGAAGAGAUCUUUAUGAGAAUGGCUCCUGGAUAUCGUGAGUCUGGAAAAAUAUAUCGACUGAACAAGGCUCUUUACGGAUUGCGUAGAUCACCACUCCUAUGGCAAAAGGAACUUACCAGCACCCUCGUAGAGUUGGGUUUCAAAACAGUGCCUCACGAACCGUGUUGCAUGUUGAAAUCUGGGAUCAUACUGUUCUUUUAUGUAGACGAUAUCGUUGUCGCAUAUAAGAAGAGCCACCAACCAGAAGCUGACUCAGUCAUGAACCAACUUCGUGCCAAAUACAAAAUAUCCGGAGGAGGAGACCUGGAGUGGUUCCUAGGUAUGAGAGUUAUACGGGAUCGAAGCAAUAAGGUGAUCUGGCUCAGUCAAGCCACCUAUAUCGACAAAAUUGCGAAGUUAGCCGACACUCGACAGACUGACGACACACCAAUGGCUCGAGAAGAAUUACUCCCAUACGAAGGAAUGGCCACCUACAAAAGUAACCAUCAAUAUCAACGAAAAGUUGGCUCAAUUAUGUACGUGGCAGUAAGCACUCGACCUGACGUGGCUUUUGCCGUCUCACGGCUUUCACGGUUCUUGUCAAAUCCCGGACCAAAGCACCAUCAAGCUGCUGACAAGGUUUUAUGCUACCUCGAACGUCAUCGUGCGUACGCCUUGAGGCUUGGAGGAGGUGAAGAUUAUUCAGUAUCAACAGACGCCUCCUUUGCAGAUAAUACACUUGACCGUAAGAGCUCGCAAGCAUACGUCAUGACACUUUUUGGUGGAACGAUAGGAUGGCAAGCGAACAAGCAGGAUACGGUAACAACGUCAACCACUGAAGCUGAACUGUUAGCUCUCGCUCAGGGGGUGAAAGAAGGCAAAUAUGUCCUUCGAUUGCUUCUGGAGUUGGAGAUACGUUUUAGAACACCUACUCUUCACGUUUUCUGCGAUAACCAGCAAACUCUAGGAUUGCUGGAGAAGGACGCUCCGCGACUGCGUACGAAGCUCCGACACGUCGAUAUUCAUAAUCACUGGGUACGACAAGAGGUGCAGAAGGGAGACAUCCAAGUGCACUACAUGCCCACAAAAGAUAUGAUUGCCAACGGCCUGACCAAGGCACUCAGCAAACAGGAACACCAAAAGUUCCUCAAUCAAAUCGGAGUAGAGGAUAUCGACAGCUAUCUCACUCCCCAGCAAAAGGAUAUGGAGAACCCGGAUAUCGAAGAAUUACUUUCUCUCAAUGACGUGCCCGACAACUUAUGA